UAUCAAAUCCUUCUAUUAACUGAAACUUUGACUUUUAUUUUUGGACUAUAAACAUAAUUUUCGUUUACAAUUAAAUACUCUCUGCUAACAGGCCUAAAUCCUGAGCAUAGCUUACUUUACAAUAUCCUUGAACGGACCGGCGCCGAGAAAGACGACUUUGUUUACAACAUGGCGGACAAGCGUGUGGGAAAUGUGUUCAUGCCGGGAGAUGUUUUGGAAGACCUCCAGGUCUCCGAAAGUGUUAAAAAGAUCGUUUUGGGUCCUGGGCUUAUUGAUGAUGGAAACAGAAUUAAGAUAUCAAAGCCUGGAAUAUUAAGAUUCAGAGAACCCGGUAUUUACUGGAUUGACUGUCACCAGAAACGUUAUGUGCCAUCAAAAGGAGACUCGGUCAUUGGCAUCAUUACUCAAAAGGCUGGAGAUAUUUUCCGUGUGGACAUUGGAGGUAGUGAACAGGCCAGUUUGUCAUAUCUGUCAUUUGAAGGAGCAACCAAGAGGAAUCGGCCUGACGUUAAGGUUGGCGACAUAGUCUAUGCCAAGCUGUUGGUGGCCAAUAAAGACAUGGAGCCCGAGGUGGUCUGCAUAGACAGCUAUGGGCGCAGCAGUGGAAUGGGAGUUAUACGCAAUGGAGGAUUUCUGUUCAACGCCUCUCUCAACUUAGUCAGAAAACUCCUGAGUCCCCAGUGUGCCUUGGUCAAAUCUCUUGGGCACAGAUUCCAGUUUGAGCUUGCGGUCGGACUCAAUGGAAGAGUGUGGGCCAAGUCUAAAAGUGACAUUCAGACCAUUGCCAUGGCCAAUGGAAUUAUGGCUUCAGAAUUUAUGGACAAUAAUCAAAUCAAAGCCAUGUGCAAAAGAUUAUCUCGUGCUGUUUCUGGAAUGGAAGUGGAAUGAUAUUUGUAUGUAAAAAAAAAAACCCCAAAAAACUUUGUCAAUGUUUUGUAUGUCUGGUUUUAGUCGAUGAUUGUGGUGUACACAUUUUUAAAGUUGUGACGUCUCGUCAUAGUCAGUAUGAAAAUGUAAGAUGAAUUGAAUGGGCGAAAUAAUAAAAUGGAGUUGCAAUUUCU